CAUUUUGUAGACCGGAAACACAUUGUUCUGUAGCUGGUGGUGGUGGUGUUUCAUAACAAGGUCCGACAGCAGCUGUGAUGGCGGAGCCUUCACCCCGCAAACCAGAACUAAAAAGAAGAGACAGUAAGGAGCAUCCUCCAGACCUGAGGCUGGUUCUUGUUGGGAAGACUGGAGCGGGGAAGAGCUCCAGUGGGAACACCAUACUGGGAAGAGACGCCUUCAGUGCAACUGUCAGUCAGUCCUCAGUGACCAGGCAGUGCUGUAAGCAGACAGGUGAGGUGUUCGACAGGAAGGUGACCCUCGUCGACACUCCUGGUCUCUUUGACACGUCGUUAUCUGAGCACGUCGUGAAGAGAGAGAUCGCCAAAUGCAUCAACAUGUCGGCCCCGGGGCCCCACGCCAUCCUGCUGGUCAUCAAGGUGGGGCGUUUCACCAAUGAGGAACAAGACGCCAUCAAGCAGGUGGAGGAGAUCUUUUGGGAAGAUGCCUGGAAGCACACCAUCGUCCUCUUCACUCAGGAUGAUCAAAGUGGACCAGACAUGGAACGACAGCUGGAGGAGGCUGGACCUGAGCUGCAGCAGGUCCUGACGAAGGCUGGAAAUAGAUACCACGUCUUAAACAACUACAAGACCAACGAUCGAGGACAGGUCCUGGACCUGCUGGAGAAGGUGCAGGACCUGGUUGGUGCCAACGGAGGAGAGUUUUACUCCAACGACACCUACCAAAAGGUGGUGAAGAUGCUGGAUCAGAGAGAGGCCAAGCUCAAAGAGUUCUACGACAAGAAACUGGAGGAAGAAAUCAAGUCUGUGCAGUCAAAGUACGAGAAGAAGCUGAGUGAAGCUCAACAGGAGCGUCAACAGGUGGAGGAGAGACUGCAGUCUGAGCUGAAGGAGGUGAAGCGCUACUAUCGAGUUUUAGAGAGCGGAGUCCGUCUCGUUGUGGAGCAGACGAUCCCCACCGACUCCAUGGAGGAUAUUGUCAAGUUUCAUCAAACCCUGAAACUGAAGUUCUCCUCUUAAAGCUUGCUGUUCCCUCGAUGGAUGUUUGUUGAUUUAUAAUUGUUAUAUAAUUGUUGAGACUUUUUGAAAGUAAAGAAAAGUAAAGUGCUAAUUUACUACAAAACAUAUAUAACAUUUUCAUAGUUAAACGUUAAAAACACAGCGAGCUAUGUGUGAAAUGUUUUAUACGUACAUGAGGAUAUUUGUUUGGUUUUAUAAGAAAUAACUCAAGUGCCACAGUUCAGAAAUUAGAGGUUUGGCCCAAUCACAAAGAACAUUGAUGAGGUGGCAGCUGGUGAUCAUAAACUUCAUGAUCAGGCAGUCAAAAAGAAGGCUGGUGUCAUUGAAGCAAGUAAGGGGCAUUAAAACUCUACUGAAUAGGGUCACACAAACCUCACCUGGAGACGCGACUCACCUUCAGUUUGUCUUCCUCUCACACAUGUUGUUCAUUAUUGAAUGAUUAUUUUUUAGGAAAAAUAAUAAACCUGUAGAGAAAAGUUUGGAGUUUACUAUUUUCUUUCUGCAACGAGUUAAAGUUUCUGCAACUUCACAUCUAAAGUCUGCUUUUACUGAAACAUCACCACUUCAUGUGAUUUACAACAAAACUCAUUUGGAUAUUUCAUUCAUUUUCUUUAGUUUUCUCUCAGUCUAUUAUAAUAAAAAGGAAUCCUGAAAAUAAUCAGAACUUCUCUAAAAUCAACCAGACAACUUGUAUGAAGAAACUGAACUAUAAACUCCAGUUAAACCAGUAAAACCAGAGCAUAAUCACAUCUAAAUAACAAUAAGUCUGUUUCUGCUUUGUUUUAGUGCAAAGAAGUACAAGAACAUUAGGAAAAUAUUUACGUUCAGUUAAUAUACACCACCAGGCAAAUACACAACUUCUAAUUCAGUGGUUAGUCUUUAUUUUUAUUAUAUUUUCUAUAAUGUAGAUUAAUCAUUAAAAAAAUCUGAAGUCUGAUGGGACACAUAUGAAAUUAUAAAGUAAACAACAAACCAGAAUAUGUUUUAUAUUUUUUAUUACUAAAGGGCCACAGGUAUUUGGAACUGAAGAAUAUAGUACUGCACUUUAAGAUUAGUGUAAGAUAAUGUGUCUUUAUGCAUUAUUUAACUUUUAAAACGGUCCUGAUCAUCCUGAUGUAGAUUAAUGUUCUGUUAAAGAAUGUUGUGAAUACUUUGAAGAUGUAUUAAAAUAUCAGACAUAUAACAGUUUAAAAUGCAUCAAACAUGUUUUGACAAACACACAGAAAUCUGACCAACAGUCUCAGUCUCUGUACAGGAAACUCCUGCUUGAUUAAGAUCAGAGCAGCUCUGAGUUAGGAAAUCCCACUGCAGCAUUUGGAACAAUAACAGGAAAUCAAGAGACCUGACACACCAACAUUAGGAAUAUAGUAACAGAAAUAUGAAAACUGGGGACUCGCUGUUUGAACCAAGGACCUGUUUGUGUAUCUUGAGUAUUGUAUCUGUUUUGUGAUAAAUGUCAAUAAAUCCAUAGGGCUGUCUUUCUAGAAACUCUUGUCGUCUUUUAAGAUUUUCCACUAGAAGAAACGUCUAUCUUUCCUCCAGGUCGAGUCUGACGGGUCAGCUGUGCAGCUUCAUGAACACAGGCAGCAUAAUGUGGGAAGAUAAACCUUCUAAAAGUCAC